AUGACUAGGUUGACAUUUUGGUUCUCAAAUUUGAUAUUGCUGAGAGCAAUUUUGAGCAAAGAAAUUAAAGAUAUACACCAUGGUGUUGGUUCAUGCAUCAACAGUAAAUGUGAUGCGACUGGCAACACAGUUCAUGAAGAAGAAAAAGACAAGACAGAAAACCAAUUUCAUAGCUGGGAGGAUUCAAAAACAUUUUUAGUUGCACUAGAAAAGGUUGAAGCAUGGAUAUUCUAUCGAAUUGUUGAGUCUGUCUGGUGGCAGACUCUUACACCAUACAUGCAGUCUGCAGCUGCAAAGAGCUCUAGUUCUAGGAAAGCCUAUGAAAGAAGACCGCAUGUGGGUGAUCAAGAUCAGGGAAGUUUUUCUAUUGAGUUAUGGAAAAGAGCUUUCAAGGAUGCAUGUGAAAGGCUUUGCCCUCUUCGAACUGGUGGCCAUGAAUGUGGCUGCUUGGCUGUGAUAGCUAGAUUGGUGAUGGAGCAGUUGGUUAGUAGACUUGAUGUGGCAAUGUUCAAUGCUAUUCUUCGUGAAUCUGCUGAAGAGAUGCCCAUGGAUCCUGUAUCUGAUCCCAUUAGUGAUUCUAAGGUUCUUCCUAUUCCAGCUGGAAAAUCAAGCUUUGGGGCUGGUGCACAACUGAAGAAUGCUGUUGGUGACUGGUCAAGAUGGCUUUCAGAUUUAUUUAGCAUUGAUGAUAGUGACUCCUGCGAAGUAAGCAAUGAAAACGAUGAACCCAAAUGUGAAUCAUCCUUCAAACCUUUCCUUCUCCUCAAUGUCUUAAGCGAUUUGAUGAUGCUUCCUUUGGACAUGCUUGCAGAUGGGUCUACGAGAAAAGAGGUUUGCCCUAGAUUUGGCAUAUCAUUGAUUAAACGAGUUGUCAACAAUUUUGUUCCCGAUGAAUUCUCCCCGGGGCCUGUACCGGAUGCUGUUUUCGAUGCCCUGAACAAUGAGGAUAUUGAGGAUGAUCAAGGGGCCAUUACAAGCUUGCCAUGUUCUGCUGGUUCCACGUUCUAUGCACCACCUCCAGCUUCUUCAAUUUUGGGCAUGCUACAAGAAGUGGGAACCAAGACUUCUCUAAGAAGUGGGUCAUUUGGACUCAAAAAAUUAUAUACCAGUGAUGAUGAACUUGAUGAGUUGGAUGCACCACUUUCUGCUCUUGGCAUGGAUGAAUCAUCAUUUUCGUCCAAGGAAAAGUUUGCACCAGUUAAGGGAGGUCGUAAGGUCGUACGUUACGAGCUCUUGAGAGAAGCAUGGAAGAGCAGUGAAUAA